CACCAUGCUAACGCAAGAGCCAAGCUCACAAAGUGAGGCCACUCACACUACAAACCCCUUCUCCCUCUCUCUCUCUCUUCUCAACAACAGAUUCAGCUUCUUAGAUUUUCAACUUCUUUUUUUAAGAAAAAAAAAAUAGAAAUAAACAACUACUCGCAGUUUUGAGUUCUUCAUUUCCUGUUCUCUGGUUUUGGAAUUGAGACAGGCUCUUGAAAACCUUUUUUUUUUUUGUGAUUUUCUUUGGUUGUUGUAAAACAUGGCAGCCGCUAUAGAUAUGUACAACAACUGCAACGUCGUACAGGAAUUCCUAGAUCCGUACAGUGAGGAGCUGAUGAAAGCACUUGAGCCUUUUGUCAAAACUGAUUAUUUCUCCGUCUCUUCUGAUUCCGCUUCUUCUUCCUCUUCUUCUUCUUCUUCUUCUUCUUCUUCUGAUUAUUCUCUCGUUUCAUCUACUUCGUAUCCCUCCACCAACCAAAUCAAGCUCAACCAACUCACCCCAGAGCAAAUCCUCCAGAUUCAGGCGCAGGUUGGGCUUCAGCAGCACAUGGGUUAUUCAACUCAACGUCAAAACCAAGCCCAGCUGGGUCCAAAACGUGUCGCCAUGAAGCACGGUGGCGCGGCGGCGAAAGCCGCGAAGCUGUACCGAGGGGUGCGGCAACGGCAUUGGGGGAAGUGGGUCGCCGAGAUCAGACUCCCGAAGAACCGCACGCGCCUAUGGCUGGGAACAUUCGACACCGGAGAAGAAGCGGCGUUGGCGUACGACAACGCAGCGUUUAAGCUCAGAGGCGAGUUCGCGCGCCUCAACUUCCCUCAUCUGCGACACCAGGGAGCGUUCGUAUUGGGCGAAUUCGGAGAUUACAAGCCGCUACCUUCUUCCGUCGACUCCAAGCUCCAAGCUAUUUGCGAGAGCUUGGCCAAACAAGAACAGCAAAAAACGUGUUGCUCUGUCGAAGACGUGAAGCCCGAGGUCCACGCUGCUGCUGAGCUGGCACUGCUGGAGUCUGACGUGGCGCAAUCCAACGUUUGUCCCGAGUUCGACAAUUUUAAGGUAGAAAACGGGAACGAGAACCCAUUGUUAUCAUCGCCUGUGUCCGGCGGCGAGUCUUCUUCGCCUGAAUCGGGUGUGACUUUCUUGGAUUUCUCGGAUUUCUCGGAUUUCUCACGUUGUAAUUAUGAGUGGGAUGAAAUGGAGAGUUUUGGGUUGGAGAAGUACCCUUCGGUGGAGAUUGAUUGGGCAGCUAUAUGAGUGCGUGAGCGUGAUGUGAAAUGGCUGGUUUUGUUUUCCUCUGCUUUUGGGUUUCAUACGCAAUUAUGUUUUGUAUUUUUUAGGGUUUAUGUUUGGGUGUCUUUGGCUGCUUCUGCAAUGGAAUUUUUGACAUUUGCGGAUGUUUUGCUGAAACACGGCUUGCAAAUUUUAGGCAGUGAAAUCAGAGAGGUUGGUCUUCAUGGUGUGCUGGUGUUUUUUGUUACUUGCAUGAUCAUGGGACUUUUCUACUCCUCUCUUUCUUCUAUAUUGUAAUUAAUCUGUACUUCCAAUAUAUGAAAUAUUUACAUGUUCCUCUAAA